ACUUUUUUGUAAUCUCCUUGGCGGUAUCAGAUCUAUUCGUGGCGGUUCUUGUGAUGCCGUGGAAAGCUAUGUCUGAGGUGGCCGGAUGCUGGAUCUUCGGCAGCUUCUGUGAUACCUGGAUAGCUUUUGACAUCAUGUGCUCCACCGCGUCGAUUCUCAAUCUUUGUAUAAUAAGUAUGGACAGAUACUGGGCAAUUUCGAGCCCUUUUCGAUAUGAACGUAAAAUGACCCAGAGGUUUGCCUUCGUUAUGAUCGGAGUGGCAUGGACCCUCUCCAUUCUGAUCUCCUUCAUUCCCGUUCAGCUCAAUUGGCACAAAGCAGAGGAGGAAAAUGUAACAGGGAACGACACUAAUGAAAUCGUGGACUGCAACGCAAGCUUGAAUAGCACAUAUGCCAUAUCUUCCUCUUUGAUAAGUUUUUACAUUCCAGUCGUUAUUAUGGUUGGCACUUACACACGGAUCUACCGGAUUGCGCAAACCCAGAUCCGGAGAAUAUCAUCGUUGGAGAGAGCCGUGGAACACGCACAGAACAAUCAGCAAGCAACCGAGCAAACAAACUCCUUAAAAACAACUUUUAAAAAAGAAACGAAAGUUUUAAAGACACUCUCUAUCAUUAUGGGAGUGUUUGUAUUUUGCUGGUUGCCUUUUUUCGUGGUCAACUGCAUAGUUCCUUUUUGUGACAUUAACAAUGUUGGUGACCGCCUGUGUGUAAGUAACGCCACUUUUAACAUUUUUGUGUGGUUUGGAUGGGCCAACUCAUCGUUAAACCCAGUCAUAUACGCAUUUAAUGCUGAUUUCAGAAAAGCAUUCUCCACCAUUCUAGGCUGCAAUAGAUACUGUUCCAGUUCUACUGUAGAAGCUGUCAAUUUCAGCAAUGAGUUGGUGUCUUACCACCACGACACUACGCUCCAGAGAGACACAAAUAUCACUGCCUCUGCGCACUGUGCACAACGCCAGCCCACGGUCUCACACGGUGAAGACUUGGACGUACCGUUUGACAAAGUCUCCAUUAUCUCCGAUACUUCACAUAACCAAAGAAACCUUAUCCUGCCUGAAAUACUGCAGUUUGAAUGUGAAGCAGAAAUAUCCUUAGAUAUGAUACCUUUCCCCUCAACUGGGCCCAGUGAGUGUUGUGUGAUUCCAGGUCAAAUUGAGGAUAUGUGA